CGGCGCUGGGCUGGGAGGAGAAGGCUCCGUGCUUCUGCCGUGAGUCACCGAGCAGCUUCUCCCGCCGUGUGCCCGGAGGGGCCCCGGGCCCCCUCCCGCACCGCUGCCGACGGGGUUUGGGGGUUCCCCCGCACGGGGCAGCGCUUGCGGGACCCCAGAACCGCCCGUCCCUGACGGGGUCGCCGGGUCUGUACCCCCACCCCAACGCUGAACUUCUGGGGGUCCCUCAGGCCGCCCCCCGCCCCGGUCCGCCUGCGGAGCUCCCGGCCCCGGGCUCCCCCCCUUUCCCACCGCCGGUACCGGGACGGCGCGGGGCGGAAUGCCGGGAUCCGAGGGGUCGGGAUGAAUGCAAUCCCGGGCCCCGAGGGGCGGGAUGCCGGGGCACGGAUGCCAGGGGAGGGCGGGAUGCCGGAGUGGAGGGCGGGAUGCCGGAGCCGGGCCGGGCGCUCGGGGCUCUUUCCCGGGCCGCUCCGGCCCCGGCGCUCGGGGCCCGCCCGGCCAAAGUCCCUGCGCCAUGAGCGGGGCCCCGGGCGGCCGCCGCCCGACCUUCCCCGGGCUCCCAGGGGAGCGGGUGCUCGAGGAGGCGGCGGGCGCCCGGCAGCGCCGCGGGAACGGCGGCGGCUCCGUCCCGGGGACGCUGCUCUGCACCAACCACCGCCUCGCCUUCCUGCCCGGCCAGGCUCCCGGCUCCCGUGGCCUCCUCCACUCCGAGGACGAGGUGGCCCUGCCCUGCAUCCACAAACUGGUGGCAGCCAGCAGCUUCUCCAAGCCCAAGGUGCUGACGGCCGCCUCCACCCUCAAGUUCAUCCCGGAGGAGCUCGCCGUGUUCUGCCGGGAUUUCCGCCUGCUCCACUUCUGCUUCCCCGAGAACGGCUUGGCUCCGCAGGCGUUCCGGGUGGCCAAUGCCAUCGCACAGGCUCGGGAGGCGGCUGCGUGGCUGGGGGAUGCUGCCGAUGGCUGGGCCAGCCCUGGCGAAGCCCCGCCAGAGGAGGAGGAGGAGGAUGAGGAGGAUGAGGAGGAUGGCUCGUCCACCACGCUGCUCUUCGAGAGCCUGCGGGACUGGGAGGAGGAGCUGCAGCGUCUGGGCGCUGCGGGCUGGAGGGUGAGCGCUGUCAAUGAGCGCUUCGACAUGGCCCCGAGCCUCCCCCAGUACCUCUGGGUGCCCAGUGGGCUUCUGGACCACGACCUCAAGCGAACCUUUGCCCACUUCCAGGAGCGACGGGUGCCUCGCCUGUGCUGGCACCACCCGGCUGGGGGGGACCUGCUGAGAGCUGCCAGCUUUCACCCAGCCUCAGAACCGGGCAGUGAGGACGUGAGGUGCCUGGAGGAGCUGCUGCUGGGGGGCCGUGGCCCCUGCGUGUUGGCCGACACGGCCGAGCUGCCCACGCUGGCCGACAUCCAGCUCGCCCACCUGAGGCUGCGGGAGCUCUGCCUGCCAGGUGCAGUGGCAGAGGAGAAGUGGCUCUCGGCCCUGGAGGGGACACGCUGGCUGGACCACGUCCGCUCCUGCCUGAGAAAAGCAGUGGAGGUGGCGUCGCUGCUGGCAGGGAAGCGCUGCUCCGUGGUCCUGCAAGAACCCUCAGACCGGGACCUGAACUGCCUCCUGGCCUCUCUGGUGCAGCUCCUGGGGGACCCCCACGCCCGCUCCCUGCCCGGCUUCCAGAGCCUGGUGCAGCGGGAGUGGGUGGCAGCCGGGCACCCCUUCCCACGCCGCCUGGGGCUGCUGUGCCAGGACAGCCCCCGGGAGGAGGCUCCAGUGUUCCUGCUCUUCCUGGACUGCACGUGGCAGCUGCUGUGGCAAUUCCCGGCGGAUUUUGGCUUCACCGAGGCUUUUCUGCUGGCGCUCCACGACAGCAGCUUCAGCCCCUACUUCAGCACUUUCCGCUUCAGCUGCCAGCGCCAGCGGGGCCACAGCAGCCUGCCCCGGCUCCCCAGCCAGACCUACCGGCCCAUGGGGGGCUGGCAGGACCCCGGGGGGCCCAGGGGAGACCCCCACCCCUGCAGCUUCCCCCCGGUGUGGGCCUGGGGCCGGCGCUACACCCGGCAGCAGCGGGAGCAGUUCCGGAACCCCGCGGGACCCCCGGGCCCUGCUGGGUCCCUGAUCUCGGGCACGCCCGCAGAGCCCUGCCCGUGGGGGGGGCCCAGGCUGGUGCUGACUCUGGCUAAGGGCUCCUUGUGCCCCCACCCCCUGCCCUGGUGGAGCCGCCCCCCCCCGCGCCCCCCACUCCGGGGGUCCCCCCCAGGCAGCCAGGGGACACAGGGGGGGCUCUUGGGGACACGCCAGCCCCCCCCGGGGCUGCUGCUGCCCUGCACCGCCGGGCCCUGCGUGCGGCUCUGGCACCGCUGCUACCUCAGGGGGCUGCCCCAGGAACAGCGUGGGCGCUUGGCCCCAUCCCUGGCCGGGCUGGCUGAGGAGCUGCAGCUGCUCCAGGAGCGGCUCCGUGCCUGGAACCUGCGGAGACCCCACUGAGAGCCCGAGGACACCUGAGCCCACCCCAGGAUCGCUCGGGCCUUGGGGGCUCUGAACAGUCCUGUGCCUCCGGCCGCUCCCCACAGCUGCCCCCGGCUACCUCUGGGCGCUUGGCACUGCCGGGAAGGGCGGAGCGGCGGCUCCCGAGGUGUCCCCGAUGCUGGACGGACGCUGCGGGGUCUCGGUUUUCCAUUAAAUUUGUGCUGCCUC